CCUACGGUCCUACCAGAGCAGCAGAUCAGUCUGGAGUUGCAGCCCACAAGAGAAACACCGACAUGGCGACACCAGGCAAAGGAGCACCACUCAGCCAAGGGCAAAAGAAAUUCCUGCUGGAGCUGGUGUCGGAGAAGCCUGUCCUGCAGGAUAAGUCUCACGGGAUGGCGGUCACCCUUGAGAAGGUCAAGGCGUGGCAAGAGAUUGCUGCAGCCUUCAGCCUGAAUUACCCGGCCGAUCCCAAGUCGGAGAAACAACUUAAGCGAGCAUGGGAAUACACGAAGAUGAGGGCAAAGAAGAACCACAGCCACCGUGUGCGGCACAUGUUUGCAACUGGUGGAGGGAAAGCCAUGCCUUCACCGCCUAAAGAAGACCAGCUGAUCAUGUCAACCCUCUCGCGGGAGCUGGAACCUGCGACCCAGCAGUGUGACACCCUGGAUCCAAACAUUGUGGUCGUGGAUGCCUCUGAAGUUGAAUUCAUUGGGGAAAGUGACGAGCCUGUAACUCAGGAGCCCGAUAACGCUUCCGUGCCCGAGAGCUUGCAGACACCUGGAGCUGCAGCAGCUGUCCGCUACGCCCGUCGCAAGCAUCCUCCAAAAAGGC